AUGGCAUUUCGUCCUGAAAGGGCGACACGGCCUGCCGUCUACAUUGCAGCAAGAACCCAAGCAAUUGGGCGUGCAAGAAGACAUGGUCAAACAAGACCAGUCUUCGUUUAUAACCUUCUAACGGCUGGUACAAUCGAUGUCGACUAUCUCGGUGGGUGUGGAGCCAGGCUGUUCAUCACAAUAAGCUCAAGCCUUUAUGGCACUUCUUCUUUCGAGGGGGGUGGUGGAUACGGUGGUGGAAAUGGCGGUGUGGUGGUGGUGGUGGUAGGGAAGAAAGACCCUGCCGGACCAGUGCCGAACGUCUCCAUCUAUGACGUGCAAAGUGCCGAAAACGGGGCAGAGGCCGCUGAACCAUUUGAUAGAGCAGGCGUUACCCUGCUACCAGAGCAGAGACGCGCUUUAGAAUGGAUGAUAUUACAAGAGCGGAAGCCGCGUCCUUUUAAGCAAGAGCAAAUCGUUGAGGCUUGGCUGUUCAUCACAAUAAGUUCCCGUCUUUAUGGCAACUCUUGUUGGAAGGGAGGGAGUGGUGGAUACGGUGGUGGAAAUGGCGGUGUGUGGCGCAGGUUCGAUGGGCGGGGUGCCAAUGAGCCGUCAAGCCACGGACGAUAG